GCAAGAUGGCAGCUGUUGUUGAGAAUGUUGUCAAACUGUUGGGAGAGCAGUACUACAGAGAUGCCAUGGAGCAAUGCCAUAACUAUAAUGCCAGGCUGUGUGCUGAGAGGAGUGUCCGUAUGCCCUUCCUCGACUCUCAGACCGGUGUGGCUCAGAGCAACUGCUACAUUUGGAUGGAGAAGAGACACAGAGGACCAGGCAUGGCUCCAGGGCAGCUCUACACCUACCCAUCCAGGAGGUGGAGGAAGAAACGGAGAUCUCAUCCUCCAGAGGACCCCCGGCUUAUCUUCCCACCUGUCAAGUCAGAGGUAGAUUUAGGACUGAAGAAGGAUGCUCUGUUGUCGUCGGACGGCAGCAGCCUGGAGGCCCUGCUGAAAGGGGACUCUUUGGAGAAACGCGCACCUGCAGAUCUCCGAGGGUCUGAAGAAGAUUCCAACCUAAGUGAUUACACCGGAGGUCUGAACCCUGCUGCCCGGAUUAGAAAGAGAAUCCUUGAGCCAGACGACUUCCUGGAUGACCUGGACGACGAAGACUAUGAGGAAGACACGCCUAAAAGAAGAGGCAAAGGGAAGGGGAAGGGUCGAGGAGUGGGCAGCAGCAGGAAGAAGCUAGACACAGCAGCACUGGAGGACAGAGACAAGCCGUACGCCUGUGACAACACUAUCAAACAAAAGCAUAUUUCAAAACCUUCUGAAAGAGUCUGUGGGAAGCGCUACAAGAACCGUCCGGGUCUGAGCUACCACUACGCCCAUUCUCACCUGGCCGAGGAGGAAGGCGAGGAGAAGGAAGAGGUGGAGAUCAACGAGCCCGCCCCGCCGGUGCCUGAGGAGCCUAAAACUCCAAAGAAAGGCCCGGACGGUCUCGCGUUGCCUAAUAAUUACUGUGAUUUCUGCCUGGGAGACUCCAAAACCAACCACAAGACCGGCCAGUCGGAAGAGCUGGUGUCUUGCUCCGACUGUGGACGCUCAGGCCACCCCUCCUGCCUGCAGUUUACUCCUGUAAUGAUGGCUGCCGUGAAGACAUACCGGUGGCAGUGCAUAGAGUGCAAGUGCUGCAACAUGUGCGGCACCUCAGAGAAUGAUGAUCAGCUUCUGUUCUGCGAUGACUGUGAUAGAGGCUAUCACAUGUACUGUCUCAACCCACCCAUGUCUGAACCUCCAGAGGGAAGCUGGAGCUGUCAUCUAUGUCUGGACCUUUUGAAAGACAAGGCAUCCAUAUAUCAGAACCAGAAUGCCCCACCAUCGUGAUGGCCGCUCCUCCUGCACACACACUCUUCACUCAGCCAUCGCACAACAGUAUGCUUACCCUUCAAAACAGAUGAUAAACUCCCCUUGACAAGCUGACCUCAGAGGGAGUGUGUUCAGAAGAGGUGAUAAAUCGUAAAAAGGGAAGUAUACCUUACCAAACUGGUCUCCCUUCGCUUCAGAUAUGACUGUUACACAGUUCCAAGCUCAGAUUCAGCCCCAUAAAUUUUUAUUUUCAACUCUUUGCUGCAUAGCCAAUUUGAGAUACACAGCAUAAAUAGCCAAAUUAUCACUUCCUGUUCAGCUUUUUUUUUACACAUACAUCUACACAACAUUGUUAAAACCAUGUCUUUCUCCUGCAAUGUACUGAUUUUAUGACUAGAGCAGAAUUAGAGCUCACUGGAAUCAAGUAGCAUGCCAAUGCUUGCUCAUCGUUAAAAAAAUAGACAUUUUAUAAUAUUUAUAUAUUUCUAUGGUAUAAAAUAGUGUUAAGUAUGUAUAAAUUGGAAAGAGAAUGGUCCUGUAAUGGUCUUUUUAUUAGUGCCCAUCUCAUCAUUAUGGAAAAGAAAUCCACAAACAUGUUAUUUUAUGGCACUGCUGAUAUUUGGUGAUUGAUUUGAUAGUCAAACGGAUCUGCUGAGACUAUAAAUGAUUUUUCAUCUCAUCCAUGGCUG